AUGAUGGGCAUUUGGUGGUACAAGCGAGUAUUCCGAGGCCUGGACGGGCGGGAGGCGCCCCCCGUCGCCUGCGAGCUGUACCUGGGGCGGAAGCCGCCCUGCUCCGGAGGCGUGAUGGCGCUGGACGGCACCUCGGGGACUGUCGCCUGGCGCCACUGGACCGAGCACUCGGUCUACUCCGUGGACUGCGGGGCCGACCUGACGGCGGACGGCGUCCCGGACUGCGUGGCCGCCGGCCGCGGCGGGGUGUUCCUGGCGGUGAACGGCCAUGAUGGCAGCAGCGUGUGGGAGCUGGCGGGGGACAGCGGGCCGGGGGGCAGCCCCCCGGUGGACGUGUACGCCCCCCGCUUCGUCCGAGACGUGGACGGCGACGGAGUCCUGGACAUCCUGGCCGCCCGCACCCGGCUGCUCCGCCCGGAGACGGGCGCGGAGGGCGUGCUGGCGGGGGAGCUGGCGCUGGUGAGCGGGGCGCGCGGCGCCGUGCUGUGGCGGGCGCGGCUGCCCGGCGGGGAGCAGGCCUACCACAGCCCGCAGCUGCUGGUGCACCCCGACGGGGAGGAGCUGGUGGUGUUCGGGACGGGCGGCCAGGCCAGCACGGGCGGCCUCUACGUCGUCCCCUUCGCCCGCCUCGACGCCAUGCAGGAGGUGAAGGUCCUGUACCGGAGCGAGCACCAGGGGGUCGUCUCCCCGCCCGUGCUCGCCGACCUCAACGGGGACGGCUCCGAGGACAUCGUGGUGGCCGCGUUCAACUCGUCCGUGCUGGCCUUCGAUGGACUCACCUUCGCGCCUCUCUGGAACUUCAGUUUCCCCAUGUCGGAAUCCUUCAGUCCACCGACCCCUGGCUACUUCAACGACGAUGACAUCCCUGAUUUCUUGGUGCAGUACAACACCGGUCCUGGCUUUCCCAUGUACUACUUUUCUCAGACGACCGUGCUGGACGGGCGGACGGGAGCCCCCCUGCUAGACGUGCCGGUGGUCCACACGCUCGGCGGCCAGGCGCCGGCCGUGACCGUGGGCACGGCGGCGCCGGGCAGCGACUUCCUGCUGUACUGGGCGGCCGACUGCGCGGGCAGCGAGGGGGCGGCCGAGCCGUUCAGCUUCGUGCCAGGCAGCUCCGUGCGAGCCCAGAACAGUGCCGACCUGUGUCGCCAGCGCUUCAACACCAGCACGGUCAGCAGGCUGUACGCGCUGAGUCAGCACGCCGGCCCUCCGGGCGUUGUCCUGUACUCCUCCGACGACAGGAGCGCCCUGGAGCACAGCCAGGCGGGGAACGCCUCUCGCGAGGUCCAGCAGUUCCUGGCCUCGCACCCAGAGCUACAGGAGGCGUACGGCGCGGAGGCUCAUGCUGAGGAUGGCCCCAGUAGCUUCCGCCACAAGGACGGGGGCCCGCUCCUGGAGGUGGGCAAGCGGCCCAGCCACGGCUGGCCCCGGGGGGAUGGCGCGUGGGAUGCCCCGGACUACGAGCUGCCCUACGAGCCGGCCGGCGACGACCAGUACGGCGGCCGGCGCUUCAAGAGGAGCCGGGGGCCGGGGUCCCCGGCUGGGAUCCCUCGCCUCACCAGCACAGGGGUGUUGGUGGCGCCCCUGGAAGCUGCAGCGAGGAACGACAGCGUGGACAUCACGUUCGUCACGUACUGGGUCCCGCCCUCGGCUGAGGCCCAGGUGCUGUCCCCGGCCGCGAAGAAGUGCAUCGAGGAGAAACAGUCGCAAGCCGCAGGCCCGGACUGCGCGGGCGCGACGGCCCCCGGGGACAGGGACGGCGGGCUGCUGGUGCACAUGGGGCAGGCGACCGUCUACAGGCUGCGCCUCUCCUGCCCCGGCGGCCGUGCCGGCGUGCUGCCCCUGGAGCGCCAGGGCUGGCCGGCGUACCAGGGCCGCGGCGGGCGCGGGGCGUUCCUCCCCAGGCGCCUGAACCACUGAGCCACUGAGGCGGUGCGUCGCCCACGCGUGUCUGUGCUGCUGUUCCGCCAUUAAACACUUUCAGCUGUGGCGGAGAGCUUGUCGUGUUUUCCUCUUGACGCUUUCAACACCGGAAGCCUACAACUCACGUAGUUUCGGUUCCCUACCACGUUCGUGCAACUUCGGAUUUCUCUCAAAAAUUGAAAUUAAAAAAAUCGAAGGGUUAGGUCAGUCACAACAUGCUUGUUUUCAUUGGAAACUUCUGAUUUAGCGGCUGAAGUGGCGUUAAUACCAAAACGCAAAACUUCGGAAAUCUUCGGAAAUUCUUGCAGGGAACCGAAACUAUGUGAGUUGUAGGCUAAAAUCAUGGCAACUGUUCCUGACAACUGAAAACUUCAAAUUUACCCAGCAUCAAGUCGUGCCUAGGUGGCCAUCUUGAUGCAGACUGCUUUUUAUUUUUUUGGUGGGGAGGGGAAAUCGCAGAAAGUUUUGACCACAUCCUAACAGCCCUGCACAUAUAAAAAUACCUUAUUGUGGCCAAACUCCAAAGCACAAACUAAUAAGAAGCACCGUAUUUACUCGCAUAUAGGUCGGAGCAAUUUUACCAGAUUUGAUGGGAAAAAAAUGAAGUGCGACCUAUAUGUGAAGAAAAUUUUUUUAAAAAUUCUUGAGGAAUUUUUUUUUGCAAUAUUUUGUUUUAAAAUGCGAAAACGUUUAUAUAGGUAUAGGCAAAUUUAUUUACAAUGUACACAUGCGAAACCCCUUAUUUACGUUACCGUUAUUUACGUUUUCCCGUUAUUUGCACUAUAUUCUUCAGGUCCUGUUUAGUUCCCAUUUAGUCCAAUAAAAUACUUUCAUGCAAAUUACGUCUCUAAAAUUGAAUCCAUCCCGCUAUUUACAUCACGUAACAACCAUAAACAACCAGAAAAUACCGUGGGUACUUUAAGAGUAGAUAAGAUUAGCUAGUAGGCCUAAAAACAUUGUGAAAAACGUAACGUUUAUAGUCGGAAAUGAACAUUUUAAAUCACAAAAUAUACGUAUUUUAUAACAUGAAAAGUUGCUUUUAUUUCUAAACAUGUAAUAAUUUAAGCCUAGGUGUGUAAAAGUCCGAGUAAUUAUAGCAGGAGACAAUCUAAAAUGCACGAGGGAAAAACGUAAACUCAUGAAUGUAUAAAUGUGGCUGAUUGUUAAGGUCUGAUACUGUAUUUAUGUCACAACUUAGCCAAAAUACUGGUACGAGACAAACUUCACAAGAUAAAAUGAGAGGAGUCUUGGUAACUGUUUUGGAUGUAUUUUAUAAUUUAGCAAGUAUUGUACAGUUGACGCACGAGUAUUGUACAGUUGACGCAUAUUUUUUAAACUAACCAUUUAUUUCUGGGGAUCGUAAAUAAUUAAUAAUUGGUAUCAAGACAUCAAGAUGAACGUAAACUUGAACAUGUCCCGGCAGUGAGAAAACUGGUGCGUAUACCAAUAAACUGGUAUUAGAACUGGACAAAACUGGUACACGGGAGGUGGAGCUUAUAUUUUUUUCCGCUAAGCUCGCAUCUAUUGGCUGGCUGCUGAUGGAAGGUCACGAGUCUGGGCGGAGUGUUGAAAGUUAUACUGCGCAUGCGCAGCUCAGAGAACAGAGAGAGCCAGCCGGUGGCUACGCCGCGCAGUUACAACAGCUGAACGAGUACAAUGAGCUUCCUCCGUGCACGGCGCGCUAUUGACGGUAAAUUUCCAUCAAUUUGCGGCCCUUUUUUAAAUUUUUUUACUGUGGUGCAAUGCAUAUGUGUAAAAUAGCCCGUAUUUGUUCUGAACGCUGCAGAAUGAGACUGUAUUUUAAUUAACUUUAAUGUAUUUCUUACUUUUCUCUUUAUUUACACUUUCCCGCUUUUAACACUUUUUUACUUUGUCCCCAUGAAAAGUGCAAAUAAGGGGUUUUGCUGUAGUUAAUUAACCAAGCGAAUUUUCAUAACAAGAAAUCAAACACACAAAAAUGGUAAACGAAGGGCGAUGUUGCACCCGGAUGGCAAACAAGUAGAAAAAGGGAAGGGGAGAAACAAUGGUUUCCCCAGCCACUAUCUUAUCUGUGUCGGGAACUUCCUCACGCGUCAGACCAAUCGCACGUUUAAAACGAAAACCGGUGUAGAUAUAAAAAAUCAUAACAGGCCUUUUUUAUUCGUAAUUAAAUUUACUACAACUUUUAUUCUGUGCAUUUUUUUUUCAAUACAAGCACUGUUUUUGAGUUAUAGUCUACAAUUAAAACAUUUUAAGAAGUCAGGAAUCUAACUUGAUUUCAAUUUUCUAUAUUCGGUUAUUACGAUUACUUGUUGUUACAACAAUUUAUCAUGCCAUUAUCAGCUCUCGUAGUAGCGGAGUUUCACAGUACCCAUUAACUCUUUCGUGCACGGCGCGCCGGCCGUUCGCGUCAUUAAAUUACCGGUGCGACCUAUAUGGGGGGAAUCUUAAAUACCAAAUUCAAGACCUCAAAUUAUGGGUGCGACCUAUAUGCGAGUAAAUACGGUAUCUUAAUGUUACUAACAGUAACUAUGCAGUUAUUAAUGUGGCAUACUAAAUUUUUUUAUAAUUUUGAAGUGAACUUCUUUACAGCCAGGAUGAUUACAAAAGUGAUUCUUAGAAAGCAAUGAUCAGGAUAACUCACUGGCUGAGUGGGGAGAUCGAUGGCACACUUGCAUAUUCUUAUACUUCUAUCAGUGAAGUUUCCCUUAUAAUGUGCAUGGUAGUGGCCAUGCAAUCAUGUUUUUUCAUCAGUUAAUUUAUUUUCAAUCCUUCAUAUUAGCAUGCUGCAUACAGUAAUCACCAGAAUAUAAUGCAAUUUAUUUGACCAAAACUGCUAAGCCAAAAAUUAAGAAUCAUAAUGGCAAACAUGUAUCUUGCAGCUGGAAGAUGUGAAUUUACAGUAAUGGGAACAGCUUAGUUGAAAAACAACAUGCCCUGGCUUCGAACUGCGUCACGUAAGCAACUUUAGACAGCUAGUAAUUACUCCUUCCUAAACCUCCGCUUAGUUGAAAAAACUACAUGAUCUGCUUGUGAACUGUGUCCACUUAUGCCACUAUGGUCCACUCUUGUUCAUGGCUUUCUGGGGGGGGGGGGGGGGGGGUGUCUGCAAGCGUGGCAGAUGACAUUUUGGAAUGCGACUGCUACCACUGCACACCCCUCCCCUCCAAUCCCCUCCACACACCUUUCAUGGAGUGACCAUGUAUCACAGCAUUCUUUGCUCUCUGACAAAUGGCUUAUGAACUACAGCCAUACAAACAGCUGAUAAAUAGUGUGUGUGAAUUGUGAUUUUUACCCCAUUAAGUAUUUUUCAUAAAUUCAUAAUCAAGAAGUUUGGAAUCACAUUAUAUUCAACAGUCAUGAUAUUUUCGGUUAAAUAUGGUACGUAGCAGAAAUACUUCAAAAUUUGUGGUCAUUCAUAUAUAAAAAAAAAUCUGAAUGGUGUGCAGUGCAAACUAAUGACUUUAAGAUAAAGAAACAUUGCCGCCAAUAUAAUGUACAAGUGCCGAUGUGUUCUUACUUAGUAUUAAGCGUUAGAACCAUCGCGAAAGUGUUGAUAAGAUGAGAACAUAGGACACACAUUCGAGCAUCGAAGAGUCACUUUUGUGACAGCCUAAUUCUAUUUAUCAAUUUAACAAACCACCUGAAGUGAGAAAAGCUGAGUGUAACUUGGCCAAAAAGAUAGAUGAGGAGUUUAGUGUUAGACUUGCGUAUGCAAAAAUUAAAUGUAUAGAACUGUGCUAAGAAAGUACACAGAGAUGAAAAUCUUUGAGAGGGAAAGAGUGAGUGUGUGUGUGUGUGUUUAAUAGAAAUAUAAAGAAUGUAAAGUGUAUGCUGUAACACACAUAAAUUGGAAAUCUGAUUUCUGAUAAUUAUCCAAUGCAAGUGUUGACCAGUUUAAAAAUUUUUCACCUAAACUAUAUCACACACUCAUUCAACAGUGAAAAGUCUUCAAGCUGGCAUUUUAUUAAUUGGCACAUUCUGUAAUUUAUAGCGACAAGAUUAUAUGGUGAAUUGUGGAAAAACCGAAAUAACACAGAAAAGCAACCAAUUAACACCAAAAUGCAAUUAAAAUCAUGAAACUAAAA